UCCUGUAAUAUCGUCUAUUCAAAAAUUGAUGUCAGUACAGUAGAGAAAAGUAAAUGUAAUUGUUAGAUUUCUAUAAUAUUUUUCUAUGUGUACUUGUAAGUAAGUGUUUUGCACAAUUUUGUGUAAAUGAAAAUUAGUCGUCUUACCAUAUACCUACAUAUAUCCAUGUGAAUCGUGCGUGCUGUGCAAAUUAAACGAAAUUAAUAAAGUUUAGUAUGGAGGAGGAAAGUAGUAAACAGGAGGACACGUCAACUUCACAAAACGCCCAAAAUUCACCCAACACUGACUCAACCACAACAGUAAAAAAUGCUCAACCGAAAGUGAAAAUUAAUGCUCCCAAAAACCCACCACCAAAGCCCAUUGCCAGAGUGAAAAUUGCUGCUCCAUACAUUGAGGAGCUGGUCGUCAGCUCGCCAAACGAAAGGAACUGGCGUGGAAUUUUUAUCGCAUUGCUGGUGAUUGUUGCUGUGCUUGGACUGAUCGUGUUCAGUAUUGUGCUCGUGUCGCCACCAGACGAGGGCCCCAGACUUAAGGGAAAGAAACCAACCCUCGAAGAUAUCUUUCAUAAACUGCCGCCUCCAGUCAGGUUCAAUGGCACAUGGAUAUCAGAUGUAGAAUUCGUCUACAGGGACUCAUAUGGAGGUCUUACACUGUACAACGCCGAAAAUUUAACUACCAAAGUUUUGAUGACGAACGCUACUUUUAGGCUUUACGAUGCAGUAGAUUACAAGAUUUCCAGCAACUUGAAGUACGUUCUUCUUAUAACAAAUGUAGUAUAUACCUAUAAGCACACCAAAUUAGCCAAAUAUUACAUCUAUGAAAUACAAACAAGAUUUAAGAAGCCCUUAUCACCGAUUGAAUUAGAUAUUAAUGCGCCAUUCCUUCAAUACGCCGAAUGGUCUCCAGACGGUUCUAGCGUAGUAUUCGUUCAUGAAAACGACAUCUACUACAAGCCAAAAGUGCAAAAAGAUCUCGUUUGCCGAAUCACCCAAACGGGAAAGAAGGGCAUAAUUUAUAACGGAGUGCCAGACUGGUUAUACGAAACUGAAAUUUUGAAAACCGAUCACACGUUGUGGUUUUCAUCCGAUGGACAAUACUUACUCUACGUUACGUUUAACGACACAGAAGUGGGAGAAUAUAACUAUCCUUGGUACGACAGCGAAAAUAACUACAUACAGUAUCCCAGCGUAAGGAGUUUGAGAUAUCCCAAGAGCGCUUAUUUCUUCCUUGAUAACAAUACUUUACAUAUAGGUUAUUUGUUUCAGUUUCACACAGAAAAAGAAACGUGCGGAUGGACGGAACCAAUUUUUCAUCCCGUAUUUUCGGCCAACGGUGCCCAGGCCCUAAUGCGACUUCCGGUCAGAGACGGUGAUAACGGCAACUUCAUGCACGCUUGUCAAAUACAUUCCCACAACGUCAUUCCAUUAACACAUGGUGCUUUCGAAUUAACGAAAAUACUCGCAUGGGACGAAGAGAAUCAUUUGUUGUUGGGGUCCGUGGAAGUUCAAGAUCAAUUGGCCGUGUUGUCUUACAUAGGAGACACUUUCAAAUUCAUCGACAAAAGUAGGAUAUGCGUAGUGGGAAAAGGCUACGGGGGCUACAUAGCAGCUAUGCUCCUUAUCCAGGACAUCCAUCAAUCGAUCAAUUGCUCAGUGAGCAUUUCACCUAUCGUUAGUUGGCAACACUACAAUUCGUACUUCACGGAACGUUACAUGGGAUUACCAUCGGAAAAAUUGUUAGAAUACGAAAAAGUUGACUUGGCAAGAAGAUCAGCGAACUUGCUCGACAGAAAUUUUAUGCUAAUCCACGGUACAGCAGAUACAACUGUGAAAAAUCAACAUUCCAUUUUGUUUACGAAAUCCCUCAUCGAACAUGGAAUUUUGUUCCGGCAAUUGAUUUAUCCCGAUGAAGAUCACGAUUUCAGUAAGAAAUCGCUCAUACAUAUGUACAAGCAAAUCGACCAGUUUUUUAACGAUUCUUUCGGUCCAAGUAUUGACGACUGGGAGGACUCAACUGGGUUUUUUAUACAAUAGUUUAUAAAUUUUUUAAUGCGGUUAAAAAAGGACAAAAAAAUUGUUGAUUAGAUAAUGUUGUAGCUAUAUCUACCCCACGUGACGAUCUCUUUUUCACAGGACAAAUUGAAAUCAUUGCUAUAAAUUUAAUAUACUUUCUCCAAGUGCACCCGUAGUAAAAUUAGUAGUAAAGUUUAAAUGCUGCUCAAUUUUUAUUGGCG